CCCACAGCUUGCGUUUCUGGCCUCGCUUUGGAAUGCGUAGCUUGCGAGGUAAUGCGUGUGUUCCAGGCCUCUGUCGCGAUGAAUGGCUUGACAGGCGAAGAUGUGGUAUGGCUUCCGGAGGCUCCAUCCACAGAAUGUCCCUGCUUAUAACGCUGACAGCUUUGCUUUUUCAGCUUUGUGCCGGACAGCCGCCGGAGUCUCCUGGCAGGAUCGCUGUGAUAGGUGCUGGCAUUGGGGGUUCCGCAGUCACACAUUUCCUGCAACAGCAGUUUGGUGCCCAGGUGCAGAUUGAUGUAUAUGAGGCAGAUAGAGUUGGGGGUCGUCUGGCAACAACAACAGUGAAUAACCAGCAGUAUGAAUCAGGCAGCCCCGCUAUCCAUUCACUGAAUCUCCACAUGCAAGGCUUUGUCAAGCUUCUCGGUCUUAAGCACAGGAAAGAGGUAGCUGGAAAAAAUGCCAUUUUCAGUGGAGAACAUCUGGUUCUAGAAGAGACAGAUUGGUACCUCCUUAACCUCUUCCGCCUUUGGUGGCAUUAUGGGAUCAGUUUCCUGAGACUGCAGAUGUGGGUGGAAGAAAUCAUGGAAAAAUUUAUGAGGAUUUAUAAAUACCAAGCUCACGAAUACGCCUUCUCUACUAUGGAGGAGCUGCUGCGCUCUCUGGGAGGAGAGCAUUUUGUAAACAUGACCCAGAAGUCUGUGGCAGAAUCUCUGCAAGGGAUUGGUGUGUCGCAGAGAUUUAUUGAUGAAGUUAUAAGUGCGGUUAUAAGAGCUAGCUAUGGACAGUCAGUAUCAAUCCCUGCUCUUGUGGGGGCCAUGUCAUUAGCAGGAACGCCAGGGAACAUGUGGGCUGUAGAAGGAGGUAACAAGUUGGUGUGUUCAGGACUGCUAAAGAUGACAAAAGCUAAUGUGAUCCAUGGAAAGGUGGCAGCCAUAUCACUGCACAACACAGAAAAACGGCCACUGUAUGAGGUACAGUACGAACAAGAGGGCUCGAUGGGUUCAGAAUUCUAUGACCUGGUGAUAAUUGCUGCUCCCUUGCACAAGGCUGGAUACCCAGUCUCUUUUCUGAACUUUCAGCCUCCUAUUCAACAACCUAAUGGCACCUACCAUCGUGUGGUCUCCUCCAUUGUCCAUGGCUACCUGAAUUGCUCCUAUUUUGGUUUCCCAGAUCCAAAGCUUUUCCCUUUUUCCAGUAUCUUGUCAGUGGAGAGCCCAGACUCAACCUUCUACAGCCUAGAGAAUCUUUGCCCAGUCAAUGUGUCUGUUGGUUUCCGCCGCAAACCCCCACAAGAAGCUGCAGUAUGGCGAGUGCUAUCACCUCAUCCUCUAGACAGAAAGGAGCUAAAGACCUUAUUUAAGUCCUACUAUUCUGUGCAGGUUGUAGAAUGGCAGGCAUUUCCAAGUUAUGGAUCCUCACGGUCCUUACCUCGAAUAAUAAUGCAUGAUGGUCUGUAUUACUUAAGUGGAGUAGAGUGGGCUGCCAGCUCUGUGGAGAUGAGUGCUGUGGCUGCUAAGAAUGUGGCCCUCUUAGCCUUUAAUCGGUGGUAUGAGCUCAAUGAGAAAAUAGACCAGCCUGAAUUGAUGCACAAACUGAAAACUGAACUGUAACCUUUUAAUUCCACACACAUUGACAUUUUAUUCUUUGUUAUGCUGCAAACAUUGCACUAAUAAUGGAACCCUGGACAUGAGCGAGCAUGAAACAAAGCCAUUAUUUGCCAUACAAAGAAGGUGAAGAUUUCAGGUGGUCAGUGGGAUUGAAGCUGGAUUGUCCCUAGGAAAACAGCUUGCCUUUUUUUGCACUUAAACAAGAAAGAAAACCUCUAAAGCAGCUAUUUUAAUAUGGUUUGAAGUAAUGUCAUUAAAAUGGCAGGACAUGUGGACAUUCCCAGAUUGGAUCAGUGAACAAAGAAACUAAUGGUGGAGACUGUUACAGAAAUAUUUAUGAAGUUUAGGUGCUAUUUGUAUCUCACAAAAUGUUUCUCAGAUGUCUGACUGCCUAAAGCUGGCCAUACACGCACUGAUAAUAUCGUACGAAACCUCGUUUCGUACGAUAUUCGGUGCAUGUAUGGCAAGUCGGCGAGUCGACCGGUAUCGCAGGAGGCUGCUGAUAUCGGUCGACUCGCCGAUUGGUCAGGUCAAAAGAUUUUGAUCGGGCCAUAGAAGGUGCCUGAGCAAAAUCUGCCGUCAGGGCUGAAUCGGCAGAAGGAGGUAGAAAUCCUAUUGUUUCUACCUCCUUAUCUGCCGUUUCAGCCCUGAAGGUUAGGGGCAGGUCUGAUGAUCGCAGAUCGCCAUGUGUGUGGCCACCUUAAGACAUGUCAUGGGAACACUGCACUUCCUAUAGUUCAGUAUUACCUAUAAUGUAACCACAUGUUGCAACUCGCUGUUUAUGAUCCUCCGCAGAAACAAAUGCUCUUUUAAAUCAUCCCUAAAGAAUUUGACUUUGUCUGUCUUUUUGCAUAAAACCUCUGUGCAUGUUUCUAGGUACCAGGGCCAGACCUAUGGGUAUUCAGCAAAAGCAUCUUCUAAGGGUGCAGCCAUUUUUAGAAAAGUGUGGAGGUGGCAAUUCAAAAAAUAUUUUUAUAGUGGUUUAUUACUCUUUUAUUGUCCAUAUCCAAUUAAAUGUUAACAGCACCACUCAAAAAAGUGAUAUUCCAUCUUUGGCCUUAAAAAUGGGUCUUCCUGUCUGAAACUAUGACUCUUAAUGGGUGAUAUAAGUGCCAAGGGUUCACGGAACAGAGGCACAUGUAAAAGCAGAUGGAGCGUCCCAGCAGGGGACAGCAGUUACAGUGGUAUACACAGCAGCACAAUAUCUGAGCAGCUUAUCAUUAGAACAGUGCCUUGCGAUUCCUAGUCCGUGUCCACUCCAAACAGGAAAAAAGUGUGAGGUGGGGGUGCGUGCUGCUACCCUUGCCUUGGCUGCCAAAUCUCCUUGACCAAGCUCAGUCAGGUGAAUCACUUGAAGAUAAUAAAAUUUCUCCUAAUCUCUUGGAUAUUUAUCUGGCAUCUUCUCUGGUUGUCCUGGAUGCUUACCGGUUACUAUAAGAUGCAAAGAGCCACUUUGAAUAGGAAUACCCCAAUGGACAUGUGCUUAAACACCAAGCAAAAGAAUCUUCUGGCACUCACCCUUUGCUGCAUGCUGCCCCCUAUUGCUCAUUUAUUUGUGCCAGCAAACUUUAUUUCACUGGUGAGGGGGAGUAAAAUACUCGGACCCUGCAGUCCGAAUCCCCACAGCAGCAGGGUGUGCUUGUAGUUACUCUAGUAUUCAGGUAGCCAUGGCUAUAGCUCCUAAAAUGGUAUGUAAUAUCCACUGAAGGUUAUAGCAAGAUCUAUUCUGUUUACCUAAUUGCUUGUGUAACUUUUCUGUUAAUGUUUAGGGUGUAAUGUUCACAGAGUUUUUAUGGUCUGACCCCUUUACAUAGGUACAUUUGAUUGAGAGUAUGCAGAUAUAGGAAAAUAUUGUCAUAGCAAUCCCUCUCUUGUAGUUCCAGGGAUGUCCAAGAUAGUACAUAAGCAUUUCACUCGGACAGGCUUAUACGGGGGCUGGCCACACACUUUGCAGCCCACUGAUUUAGGGGGAAAUAAAAUGUUGCAGUGGAUACAUCUGUCAUACUACCAUGUCUAGAUGUCAUCUCCUGAUUGUAUGAUGUGAUCACGACCCCCUAAAAUCACCUGUACUUUAUGUUUGUAUUCAUAUGAUUGGGAGCUGUCCUACCGGUCUCUUUGGGAAUUAUACUAAAACAAAAUCUCAUCCAAAUAAGAAAAGCAAAACAACUAAUGUCAAGGUCAUAAUAAAUGUAAGAUUGCUUUCUUUUACUUAUUCAUUGAUAAUCGAGGAACUGAGUGACCAAAGCCUCAUAUUCCUCUUGCGUUGAUUUAAUCUUUGGUAAAACCAUAGGAUCCUUUUGCAGAUCUUUUUCUUCUUAUUCCAAGCAGAGUCUGGGAAUCAUCAGUGGUUUACAUUUCCUGUUUUAUCCAUUCAUUUAAACACCGGAACAAAUGCAGGAAUAUACUUCGCAGGAAUAUACGUCGCUGCCAACAGGCUUAGCACAAAAAAACAAAUUCAAUAGUAAAACUAAAUGUUAAACAUGCAGUGCUGUCUUCUGUUUUUCAUGACUCCAGUUGGACAGAUCAAGCUAGGUACCACAAACCCAGUACUUUUUGAUUGUUAACAUGUAAGAUCAGAAAGGGCUGAAAUACUGUGGUAAAUUUUGUACGCUUUAUAACUGAAAUAAUACAUUCUGAAAUUGCUGAAUUAAUAGCAAACACCCAUGCUGUAAGAUACACCUCCCUGUAGCCAAACUAAAUGUAAGCUUUGGCUGGGUACAGUUAAUGCCAAUCUGCCUGUUGCAGUAUCAGCCAUUCAGCCAUAGAUCCAAGAAUAAUCUAGAACAGCAAAGUGUUCACCCCAAACCUUACUGUAACUGACCUUCUAAUUGGACCUUUAAGGGGUAUUUAGGAGAGCACUUAGGUAACAUCCCAAAAUGUAACUGUAACUGACUUUCAGGAUUAGCGCCCCUGUUACUUCUGCAGUUUGCUACUGCCCAGAUAGCAGAGCGUUGCCUAAAAUAAUUAUUCCAAAAAGAGAUACUACAGUCCUUUUCUGGGCCUGACACACGAGGUAUAGACCCUUCUACGCCAUGUGUGUAUGUAUAAUAUUCCCCACCCCAACUCUGACUAAACCAGCUGUGAUGUGCUGUGUGCUUUGUGACACUUACCAACAGAUCUUUGGCAUUGUGCAAUGUUCUACGCUGAGAAAUAUCUGCCACUUCUGAAGGAGCACAGAUAUCUCUGCGCCGUGACCAUUGUGCAUUGUGCCUGCAGAGAGUGCACCUCUAACUUCUGGGAAUAUGUGCAUGCCUCCUAAAGGACAAGGAAACCCAUAACAAGUCUGUCUUUUUGUUAACUUGUCUUUACAAUGCUCUUAUAGCACUUAUAGUUUCUACUGAGCUCACUGUCCUACUUUUUAUUGUGUAGUUUUCAAGACCUAUUCAUUCCACUAGGAUGAUUUCAGCGGAUUCAUCCAAUUCUUCCCUCCCAGUGGCCGUGGCCAAGUUUAUGCCUAGCCGAGUCUUGCCUCAGCCUGCACGUGCUCCUGAAAAUACCCAUUUUCUAUCAUUCAAAGAUGACACAGAAGGGAUAUUUCACAUUAGCUAACUAAAUGCUACCAAAGUGUGCAGAUACCUUACAAAGAUGGCGGAGGUGUGUUGAUUGCUGUGAUGCCUAAUUGAAUCAUGAUUUACUGCUGUAGAUAAGAACAUUUGGAAAAAUGGGCCUAGCAAUUUGAUAUACCACAAAGAUCUUUUAUUUAGUGUUGGUAACUUUCAUUCUCCUUGAAGUGGAAAACAAGACAUAAAAUGACAGUCCAUAGAAGUGCUUUUUACCUGCAUAUUAAAGGACAAAUAAUGUCAAA